GGAGAAGACAAAGGUACAAUAAAGCUGUCUGGAAUAAUUUUAUCAACUGCAUUAUUACAUUCCACUUUAAUUUCCAUUCACACUUCACACAGUGUUUCUCCUUACUUCAAUCUUAACUUGACAGAGAUUUUAGGAAAAGAUUUUAUUAGAUCGCUCUUCACUCUUCAGUCCUUCCCAAACAUCAGUUUCCUACAUCAACCAUCAUCAGUUCAGUUUCUAAACACAAAUUCAAUCCGUUCCUUACUUACAUACACACCCCUUCGAUGGCAGAUAGUGUGAUUUCCUUUGUCCUAGACAACUUGUCCCAAUUGCUAGCACGUGAAGCCAAUCUGCUAUGUGGCGUGGAUAACAGGGUUACAACCCUUCAAAAUGAGCUCAGCCUGAUAAACGUGUUCCUCAAAACAUCUGAAGGGAAAACCAAGAAAGAAAUUUACAAAGAAAUUCUUCGUCAGAUCAGAGAUGUUGCGCACCAAGCUGAGGAUGUCAUCGACACCUUUGUUGUCAACGUGGCUAUGCACAGACGUCGAACCAUGCUGGGGAAGAUGCUCCGUGGUUUUGAACAUGGAAAGUUGCUCCGUGAUGUGGUUGUGAAAAUAGACAGCAUAAAAGCCACUGUCAAUGACAUAAGAGAGAACAAGAUGAAGCUCAGCGAUGUCUUUCAACAAGAAGGUGAAUCAUCAUCAGCAAUAGAGGACGAGGAGAAGGUGCUGUUGCUGCACAGGAGAAGAAGAAAUGUGGAGGAGCAUGAUGUAGUUGGUUUUGUUGGUGAAUCCAAGGCAGUGAUCCAGCUGCUUAAGAAAGAGAGUUCCCAAAGCAACGUUGUGUCCAUCAUCGGUAUGGGUGGGUUGGGCAAAACCACCCUUGCUCGAAAGGUCUAUAACACGGAUGAGGUGAUGUCAUAUUUCCAUUGUCGUGCAUGGGUUUAUGUGUCAAAUGACUGCCGAGUUAAGGAGCUUUUGCUUCGCCUUAUCAACUGUUUGAUGCCUAACGCUGAGAGCGAGCUUGGGAAGAAAAAGAAGGGAAAGAAACACAAGAGAAUACAGAAACCAGGUGAUAUCUCUAGCUUGGGUGUGGACGAACUAAAGCUCAUGGUGCGGAAAAUACAACCAGGUGGCCUCUCUAGCUUGGGUGUGGACGAACUAAAGCUCAGGGUGCGGAAUUUCUUGAGCAUGAAAAAGUAUCUGGUAGUCCUUGAUGACCUCUGGAAGACUCAAGACUGGGAUGAUGUAAAAGAUGCUUUUCCAAAUGACAAUAAUGGUAGCAAAAUACUCAUUACUAGCCGUUUGAAAGAGGUGGCAUCCCAUACAAGUCCAUAUUAUCCUCCUUAUUACCUUCAAUUACUCGGUGAUCAUGAAAGUUGGGAACUCUUUUCUAGGAAAGUGUUUCGAGGAGAAGAGUGUCCUUCUGAUAUAGAGCAUCUUGGAAAACAGAUGGUCAAAAGUUGUGGCGGUUUGCCACUCUCCAUUGUUGUUUUGGGAGGGUUACUGGCAAACAAGGGGAAGUCAUACAAGGAAUGGUCCAAAGUUGUGGGACAUGUCAACUGGUAUCUUACUCAAGAUGAGACCCAAGUCAAGGACAUUGUACUCAAACUCAGCUACGACAACUUGCCUAGGAGACUAAAGCCCUGCUUUCUGUAUUUGGGGAUCUACCCUGAAGAUUGUGAGAUCUCUGUAAGGCCAUUGCUACAAAAAUGGGUUGCUGAGGGAUUUAUUCAACAAACUGGGAACAGAGAUGUAGAGGAAGUUGCAGAAGAUUACUUGUAUGAGCUCAUUGAUCGUAGCUUGGUUCAAGCAUCGCGAGUGAAUGUUAAUGGAGAUGUGAAAGCAUGUCGCAUCCAUGAUCUUCUUCGUGAUCUUUGCAUAACUGAGAGCAAAGAGGACAAGCUUUUUGAGGUUUGCACAAAUAGUAACAUUUUUUGGAGAUCAAAACCACGCAGGCUUUCUAUCCAAUGCGGCAUGCGUGGCUACGUUUCUUCAAGCAACAAUGACCAUUCAUGUGUCCGCUCUUUGUUUUGCCUUGACCCAAAAGGGUAUGCUUUUACCCACAAGGAGAAGAAAUGGCUUUUCAAAUUCUUCAAACUGGUUCGGGUAUUAGAUCUUGGGCAAAACGUUUGCAGCAAGGUCCCUUCCAACUUGGGCUUAUUUAUCCAUUUAAGGUAUGUAAGAAUAUGCACAAGAGGCAAAGUCAUUCCAGAUUCUAUAUGCACACUCGAAAAUUUACAAACUUUGGACAUAUAUGGGCCGGAUGAUGCAACAUAUCUCCCUAGGGGAGUAUGGAACCUCAAACAACUUAGGCAUUUAAAGUGUAGAGGAAUCAUGAUCCUACGAGGCCAGCAUGGUUCAAAAGCAGGUGAUCAAGUCAUGUGGAAUCUGCAAACAAUCUCUAUGAUUAAAUUCAAUAGUGAGAUUGCACGCAUGAUAGAGAAAGGAAGGUUUCCCAAGCUACGAAAGUUGGGUUUGCACAUCUCCUCGGUCAAGAAAAAUAAUGUGCAUGAGUUGUUGUCAAGCCUACGGCGAUUAACUCAUCUGAACAAGUUGACACUUUCCUUUAGGAAGAGUGAAUGGCCACCAGUGCGUACAAAGUACAAGCACAUGGAAAGGAAGAUCGGGCUCAAACCAAUUGAAUUGUUACAAAGCCUGCAGCAGUUGUCGAAUCUGAGAACAUUAGAAGUUCGUAGAGCUUUGGACCUUGCAACGUGUGAUAUUGCUUUUUGUUAAUUAUUUGCUUUUGGACUGCAUUAAGUUUUUCUUUAUUUAUUAUUGUUUCAGUUUGUUGUUUUAGUCAAUUAGUGGUUCCUGCACUUUAGGAGAAAAGUAGUUUUUGUUAUUCCACUUCCUUAUCUAGUAGGUAUGUGGCAGUUUCUGUUCAUCCCACUUCCUAGUUUAGUGGUGAUGUGGUAGUGUCAUGGAUUAAAAUCCUAUAAAUGUACUGCUUCAGUAAAGUAAAAAUGUGUGAUUCCCAUUCCUUUCA